AUGCUUGCAUCGCCCCGGUUCACGCUUCAUUCGUAUUGCUCACAUUCCGAGUUCAUUGAGCUGACAUCAUCACUCUCCGCAGACCUCCCGCCCGUCAAGCCCUCAGCCAUCGCGCUAGGCACCCUCUUCAACCACGCCGUCUCCCUUGCCGUCCUCGGCCCAGUGUUCGGUGACACCUACCGCCAGGCCCAGGCCGCUAACUCGAAGGAGGAGUUCUUCAAGUCAAAGGAGGCCGCCAGCGCCGCCUCGGCAUGGGGUAGCUCGCUCGUCGGCUCUGCCAUCCAGUCUUAUGGUGUUGGCGCUCUGAUCAACGCAACUGGUACCCUGACCUACAAGGGCGCUGCUUACCUCGGCUCCAUUAUCCUGAUGGCCACCGCUGCUCCUUCGAUCGUCUCCCAGAUUGCCACCGAGAAGCGCCCAAUGGACCAGGUUGCCGUCGGUGCUCUCGCCCGCGUGUUCGAGACCGUCGGCCUGUCCAUGUUCCUCGUCUACUGGGGCACCCGCACCAACCCCUUCGACUAA